UGUCUCCAGAAAUGAGUCAAAACUCGAGGCUCAUGCCCGAAUCUAUGAUCUUCGCCGUGAAAACAGGCGACAAGGACGACUUUGAUGAAUGCGCCUCGUUCUUCAGUGACAACUAUGGCAUAUGGGGCCCUCAUGUGCCUUUCGCAAAACCUGGGAACUGGGUUAGAAUGGGCGCUGCGAAGCUCAAGAACCAGCUGAUACCAGAUGACCCGGUCAACACGGUCCUCGCUACAUGUCGUGUUGGCGGGAAACUCGUCGGUCACGUAUUCUCCACCACAUGGAAGUAUACGACUGGUACAUAAGCCAACUCGUGUCUCCUCAUAAAAAUAGAAAAGCGACGGUAGGCUGGAUCACCCAGCUGGUCGUUGAGAAGACGUACCGAAGACGCGGCAUUGCAACUGCCCUCUUGCAACGUCGGAUCCGUUCCAGAACGUUGGCGUCCUCGGUGUUGCUUCGUCGCACCCAGCCACUUGUGCUGCGCUCGCAAAAAUCACGGGUACGUUAUCGUUUGAGGCCAUCUUCUCCCCCGCUGAGCGAGUAUGAACUAGCCGCACCCAUCGGUGCGCUUGACCUUGAUUUCGUUCGCAGCCGCGCUCGGGAAAUACUCUCCCAAACGCCUGUCAGCUAUCUUCGAGGUGCAGAGCUCCAUGGUUCGCUGUUCGGGGGUGACCAUCUUCCUGGAGCCGUAUGUAGCAUCUUCACCAAGUUCUAUGUCGACCACGGAGAACCACUCGGCGUGCUGCAGACAUUCAAUGAGGCCAACAAUUGAUGUCUCGGGGAGUUGCACGAGGGACUCGAAUCUUUGGU